AUGUCUCCUUAUGAAAAGGUCCCCUCUAAACCUCAAUCGCCCGUGGCAUUCACCGCCGGCGACGAAGAAGCCUCUGUUGGCACCCAAGGCUGGUACCUGAAGUCUAAGGUCUACACUCUUCCAGAGCACACUUGGGAUUCGAUCUCAGAAAAGCGUCAAACUAGAAAAAGUGAUUUGAAGAAUUUGGCCAUUGCAGGUUUUGUUGCUACGGCUUUAGCCCUCCUCUCAAUAUGGGGAGCCAUGUUCUUCCAUGGGCUAGUCAAUCAGUAUUAUUCUAGGCUUGACACCGAGUUGGUGAAUGUCUACAACGAUGUGGAAUUGGCCUCUCGCUGUUUCCAGUUUGGUUUUAUCGGUAUUCCAUGUUCUGAUGAGCCGGAGCAAGCCAGCGCCGUUGAAGAUACCAGUGAAUGUGUUGGUAGUUGUCGUGAAUUCUGUUGCAGUAUCCAAACUAAAUGCCUCAGGUUUGGCUCUUUUGUUUUAGACGCCCUCAGAGCUUGUAAAGUGAAUGGCUCUAGCUGUGAGUCUACAGAAGAGCUCUUAAACGUUUUAAAAACAGCAGAAACAGGUUAUUGGGUGGAAAAAGUCAGCGAGGGACAUCUAUUCAACUUGCACAGUGUCAUAGAUUUCAGUGAAUUCUUGCGGUUGAUAUUUUUCCUUCUUGCAGUAUAUUUUACCGUCUCCUGCUAUAUGGUCUUUGUCAAUUACAAGGUUCAGCAAGCAAGGCACCAGUUGUUGUGCAAACAAGAAGACGAGGGAAGUGAAAAGUCCUUGGCUUAUUGGCGCAAGUCUUGA